AUGGCUAUGGGAAGGAACAUCAGCAUGAUGACCAACUUCAUCCUUCUGGGAUUUUCAGAGCAUCUAAAGCUACAAGUUGUUCUUUUCAUGUUGUUUCUGGGGAUCUAUGUCAUGACUCUGGCUUGGAACCUGGGACUCAUUGUCCUGAUCAAGGUAGAGCCACACCUCCAUACUCCCAUGUAUUUCUUCCUUGGUAACUUGUCCUUUGUUGAUAUCUCGUACACCUCCUCCAUAGCUCCUAAGAUGCUCUGUGACUUCUUUCAGGAGCAGAAGACCAUCUCCUUUGCAGGUUGUGCUGCUCAGUUUUUCUUCUUCAUUGGGAUGGGAGGCACUGAGUGCUGUCUGCUGGCAGCCAUGGCAUAUGACCGAUAUGCUGCCAUCUCUUGGCCUCUUCUCUAUAGAGCCCUCAUGUCACCCACCAUCUGCAUGGGGAUGGCCAUUACAGCAUAUACUGGAGGGUUCCUUACUGGAUUGGUCCAAACCAGCUUCCUAUUCCGGGUCCAUUUCUGUGGGUCACGAGUCAUUAACCACUUUUUCUGUGACCUGCCACCCCUGCUGGCCCUGUCUUGCUCUAGUACCUUUCUCAGCCAAGUGGUGAACUUUCUUGUUGUAUGUGCAGUUGGUGGGACAUCGGCUGUUGUUGUUCUUGUGUCCUAUGGCAGCAUCAUUGCUGCUGUCAUGAAGAUUCAUUCAACCCAAGGUCGAAUGAAAGCUUUCAACACCUGUGUCUCUCAUCUGACCACAGUAAUUCUCUUCUAUGGCUCUGGUCUCUUCUCAUAUCUCCAUUCCAGUGCUGGACACUCACGGGACCAAGAUAAAGUGGUAUCCGUGUUCUAUGGAGCUGUGGUCCCCAUGCUGAACCCUGUAAUCUAUAGUCUGCGAAACAAGGAAAUCAAAGAUGCAUUGAAAACACUCAAGGAUAGGAAGAAACGGAUGUCUUUACUGUGUCUUAUAGUAUAA